AUGCCAACGUCUUCAACCUUACCGACGAACAUCUCUGCCACCAUGGCUGCGCCGUGGCUGCCGUCUUCUCAAUCAGGAAGGCUGUCAUUCUUCGAUCUAGCGGCAGAAACGCGCAACCAGAUCUACCACCACCUCUUCGACGGGCAGCUGAUUCACAUCCGAGAAAAGGAUGACGGCGACGAGAUCGAAGAACAACCUGAAGACUGGCCAAACAAACCCCAUGGAGUACCUCCUAAGUGGCUUAUAAUUCGUCGGAAUAAAGCAAUGGGUCUGAACCUCCUACUGGCUUCCAAACAAUGGCUGGCCGAAGCAAAACCGAUCCUUCUUAAUUCGGCCACAUUCGACAUCAAAGUCGAUUCCUGGGCGGAAGCAUCUCCUGUCAAAGGUUUCUCUAUUCACGACCUACGGAACACUCGGUUCCUCCGGUAUCAGACUAAUGCGCAGCACAUUGGGGAGCUAGCAUAUGCGGCCUCAUCCAUUUGUCAAUCGUCGCUUGCAACGGUGACAGGAUUGUGCAAGGUCGAAAUCUACUCCUCUAGGACACUGACCCUGCCUUAUAAAAGUUACGGGCUCGACACGCUGGACGUCUCGCUAAAGGACCCUGUUAUCUUGGAGCUUUUACAUCGUGCCUUCCUGAAACCAGGAUCCGAGUACAAAGCUGCUUUUGACCAUAUGCAGAAGCGAGCAAAGACAGAUCAUGCGGAGGCGAUCUUGAAACAAUGCCUCUAUCUCAAGGGCAGCAGAACUUAUCUGUGCAUCGAGCUCCUAUCACAUACAUUCUGGUUGGAAGGGCUAGAAGAGGUAAAAGGUCUCAGCAGAUCAAGGUAUUGCGGCAUGGACAAAGAAAAAACUGUCGCCGUCAUCACACCACGGCAACCAGGGCCGAGUCCGCAGCGUUUUCUAGAGAUGAGAAACCCAGAGAGUGUAUGGAGUGCAAUGAGGCAACCAAUCAUAUGGGAGGUCAGGAGACCGCUCCGCAAGAAACGGAUAAGCUGCAUUAAGAUUAUCAACGGCGAGGAAUGGACCGUUGUUCGUUCGGUAUGGCGCUGA